AAUCCACCGUCCGUCCCUUUUCUCUCUAUAAAUACCACCACAAUCUCUCGCCCAAAGUCUCUCGUUCUUUUUCUCUCUGUCUCUGCAAAAGACCAAUAUUUAUUGAAUUAUUCAAUUCUGAUGGCUUCGUCAAUAAACAAUGAGGUGCCCGAGUCGGGGAGCGGUCUGAUCGUGAGUUUCGGCGAGAUGCUGAUUGACUUCGUGCCGACCGUCUCCGGGGUUUCCUUGGCCGAAGCUCCGGGAUUCCUCAAGGCCCCCGGUGGAGCCCCAGCCAACGUUGCCAUCGCCGUUUCCAGGCUCGGCGGUAAGGCCGCCUUCGUUGGCAAGCUCGGUGACGACGAGUUCGGCCACAUGCUUGCCGGGAUCCUGGACCAAAACGGGGUCUCCGGUGACGGAAUUAACUUCGAUCAGGGUGCCCGCACCGCUCUGGCUUUCGUCACCCUACGCGCCGACGGCGAGCGUGAGUUCAUGUUUUACCGCAACCCCAGCGCCGACAUGCUCCUCCGGCCCGAGGAGCUCAACCUCGAACUUAUUAGAUCCGCCAAAGUAUUUCACUACGGAUCCAUAAGCUUGAUCGUGGAGCCAUGCAGAUCGGCACACCUAAAGGCGAUGGAGGUGGCCAAGGAUGCUGGUGCCCUGCUCUCCUACGACCCUAACCUCCGGCUGCCACUGUGGCCGUCAGCGGAGGAGGCGUGUAAGCGGAUAAAGAGCAUAUGGGAUAAGGCGGACGUCAUUAAGGUGAGCGAUGUGGAGCUGGAUUUCCUAACGGGAAGUAACAAGUGUGAUGAUGCCGCAGCAUUGUCACUAUGGCACCCUAACUUGAAGCUGCUCCUUGUCACUCUGGGUGAGAAAGGCUGCAGAUACUACACCAAGAACUUUCAUGGGGAAGUGGAGGCCUUUCAUGUCAAAACGGUGGAUACAACUGGAGCUGGGGAUUCAUAUAUUGGUGCCCUACUCAGCAAGAUUGUGGAUGAUCAAUCUAUACUUGAAGAUGAACCGAGGCUGAGGCAAGUGCUCAAAUUUGCAAAUGCCUGUGGAGCCAUUACAACUACCAAAAAGGGAGCAAUCCCUGCACUUCCAACGGAGUCUGAAGUCUGUAGUCUGCUCAAAGAAGCAUAGACGACAAAGUUAUGCAUUUAUUGAUGCUACUCCUUUUUUUGCUUUGGAGGACUUGUCAGUUAUGACUCUUUAUUUUUGGCCAUAGGAGUUGCUUUCCGCUUGAUUAAAGAGGGUUUCAAUCUCUCAUUUUCACUCAUUUGUCGACAUUCUGUAAUAAUGGAACGGCUUGUGUUUACUGGUUUGUAUUAUCAAAUAAACGUUUCCAAAACGUUUGGUUCGUCUUGGUAA